CGCCCGUCGGCGCGUUGUGCGAGGAUGUGACGGCCUUUCUGCGGUUGAGACAACCAACUUGGAGGCCUGCCUUCACUUACGCGAUGCAGCGGACGCUUGUCGGCGCAGCGCUGCUCCUGGCAACGCUGGCGACGCCGCUGCAAGUGACACCGAAUGUCACCAGUAGCUCGCCCAACACAACAAUACCCGCCCAACCAACGACGCCGACGAUCACGCUGCCGAGCCCCACGCCGUCAAUGACAAGCCCGAUACCGACGACACCAAACGUGACGACGACAGAGCCAACGACGCCAGAGCCAACGACGCCAGAGCCAACGACACCAGAGCCAACGACGCCUGUACCGACGACGCCUGUACCGACGACGCCAGAGCCAACGACGCCUGUACCGACGACACCAGAGCCAACGACGCCAGAGCCAACGACACCAAAGCCAACGACGCCAGAGCCAACGACGCCAGAGCCAACGACACCAGAGCCAACGACACCAAAGCCAACGACGCCAGAGCCAACGACGCCUGUACCGACGACGCCAGAGCCAACGACAUCAAACGUGACGACGCCAGAGCCAACGACAUCAAACGUGACGACGCCAGAGCCAACGACGCCUGUACCAACGACGCCUGUACCGACGACGCCAGAGCCAACGACGCCUGUACCAACGACGCCUGAGCCAACGACGCCAGAGCCAACGACGCCUGUACCGACGACGCCAAAGCCAACGACGCCAGAGCUGCCAACACCGGGACCAACGACGCAAAUACCGGCGACUCCAGAGCCAUUGCAUACAAUAGAAUCCACAGCUCCGGCACCGCCUUCUGACGCGCCGUCGCAAGCCCCGUCGAGCACGCCAUCGCCUGUGACGCCUUCCCUCCAGGAGGACCUUGGUGAUCAGCCGACUGCUUUGCCUGCCCGUCGACCAAGCAACCGGAGCAAUUGGCCGUCGCAGAAGCUCGCUGCGUCGUCGUCGUCGACAAAUAUAUUUCGCGUUGUCGCCAAUGCGCUCGCGAUUCCAGGUCUCAUCGCGCUCGGUGCGUUCCACUUUGGCUGGUGGACGCUCCCGGCAGCUCCUGUGAUCAUGCCCAUGGCGCUGGCCUUUCUUCAGCAGAUCGCGACGUGCUCGCUUCUCAACCUCGGAACGUCGUCGGUGCCGUCGUCCUUGCUCGGCUUCACGGACGGCCUCACGUGGGUCCUCUUCCAGCUGCCCCACGCGUCGGCACCGACAACAACGACCCGACGGCUCGACGAAUCGUUGACGGGGUCGGGCCCCGAGUUCUUUGCCUACCGCGCCAACCUCAACGAGCGCCACCUCUUUUACAACACGUGGCUGGCGACCGUCGUCGUCACGUCCGUCUGCGCCUCUCUCGGGCUGCUCUGCCUCGGGUGCGCUCGCUUCUUCUCACCACCGCGCAGCGUCGGCGACAUGAAGACCAUGGCGUCGCGCUGCUUUGCGCUCGGCUUCUUCCUCUUCUCCGUGGCGACGUUCCCAGUGGCGCUCAUGGCGGCGUACGAGGUGCGGCAGGACGCCUACACGCCCGACGGGCCGCACACCUCGGGCGUUCUCGCCUGCGUGACGCUCUUUGCCUUUGUGUUUGGCCUCGUCGGUGCAUUUGCCUACCUCUUCAUGGAAGACGCGUACAAGUACGCAGCAUUUGGCAGCUCCGAGAGUCUUUGGUGGUCGUACGCCCAAGUCAAAUACCGGAGCCGGUGCUUCCCUGUCUUGAGCCUCGCGCUCUUGUUGGUGCAAGGCGGCCUCGUUGGUGGCGUUGCCUCGACGUACGUCGUACCUGUGCUCUUGCUGCUCCACCUUGCGUACGUGGGUCUGACGUACUGGCUGCAGCCGUUCGUGCACUUGGUGGUCUACCACGUGACGAUGGGCUUGGAGCUCAUCUACGUUGGGUGUCUUGGCCUUCUCUGGGUCGCACUGGCUGCGGGCGAUGGCGUCGGCUACGGCGUCGUCGGCAUUGUGCUCGUCGUCGUCCUCGCUCUUGCGCUGCAUCAAAUGCUCCUCGUCUUCUCGCUUCUCUCCAAGACGUGCUUUGCAAAACCCGACUCGCCCGCCUACACGAGGUCGGCCACUACCGCGCGCGCCCGACGCCACCCCACACCGGCCACAGGAAACCAGUCGGAGCGCCUCGCGACGGCCGAAGCGACGCUGCGACCCAAGCGUAGCGUCAAGUCCAACCGCCACCAGCUGCCAGCUGCCCGCCCUGUCGAGUAAUGUAAUUGUCGUACUGCUCGUGUCUUGCACAAAAGAAAGCUUCGUGUUGGAAAAAGCACAGUGUCUACGCCUCUUCGCGCUCGUAGAUGGCCCAUCGGCGGUUGUGCU